GACUUUUGUGUGAUAUCAUUUUUUACAAUACGGUUCAACUUAAACCCGGUAAACACCACAGUUUAUGAGCUUUAUCAACUAAAAUGAAUCGAUUUAAGUUGAAGACAGUGUUAGCUUUUAUAGUUAUUUGUGGACUAAUUCUCAUGAUGAUCAUCGCUUAUGAAGGUUUACCGCAACAUUUUACUCCGAUUAAGAUCCAAGGGCUUCGAGAAGUAUAUGUGAAUAACGAGAGCACACAAUACAUGAAAGCUGUUGGCUUCGAACAGCUUGCAAUGGAAAUCAAAAUGGAAAUGUUUGUUGAGGAAAUUGAUGUUGAACAUGAUCUACCACAGGAUGACAGCAGGACCAAAAUUACCAUCAACAACAAUGUAAAUCAAAAACAGACGAGCAGCCAGAGGGCACACUCCACUGAUGAGAUAAAGCUGAUACGUGAUCGCUUUAAAACGAGAAGACGGAUUUUAUACGAAACCUGUUAUAAAUACGAGUCCAUUGUCAACAAACAUUUACCAUGCGAACUAAAGGCGACAAAGUUUGACUUAAAGUAUGUAGAAGAUGGCGGCCUUAUAUAUUGUGCGAUUCCCAAGACAGGAAGUACAUUUUGGAAGAGAGUUAUGCACGUGAUAGGUGGGUGGGAAAAUACGACCAACCCGAUAGAGAUCAGGCCGGAGGAUGCUGACAAAGUUGGUGGUUUCUCAACAAUGAACGAUAAGAACAUUACUGAGAUCAGAGAAGUUCUCGGGAUUUCUAAAACAGUGAUGUUUGUAAGGGAUCCUUUUACACGGCUUUUCUCAGCUUGGUUAGACAAGUUUUAUUCACCAAACCCGUAUUAUUGGAAAUAUGGUGGUACAAAUAUUGUAACUAGACAGAGGUUUUACGCCAAAAAUACAACAGAAGAGAACUCCAAAGAGGGAAGAAAAGGUGCGGUUCAUCUUUUCGAAGCAUCACUUAGCGAUGAUAAAAAAACCGAAGCUGCAAACACAAAGACACAAAAGCUUCCAGUUAAAUGUGGAUAUGAUGUUUCCUUUGAGGAGUUUAUAUCAUACGUUGUUGGGUUCAGGCAAAAUAGCACGUGUUUAGAUGAACAUUUUUCGCCAAAUUACAAACAUUGCUUGCCGUGUACCUUCGAGUACAAGUAUAUUGGAAAUUAUGAAACAUUCAAAGAAGAGACACUCUUUCUGUUAAACGAACUAAAUUUAACAGAAAAAGUAAAAUUUCAGGACUUUGAAAAGGACGCGAAUUUGGAUGCUAUAACAGAUCUGGCCGAGUGGGUGUUCCAACAGGAACAAGAGAUAGAACAGUGCGGUGUAACCUUUAGAUGUGCUUUGUUCAGAACGUUUAAACGACUCCAAAGCCGCGGAGUUAUUAGUAAAUCAGUGUCAUUUCCCUAUGACAACAACACGGACAUUCACAAUAUUACAAAAUAUAUUUUUAGAAACGAUUUGUUGCGGUUAAGUAGAAUUGGAACAAAGGCAGAGAAGAGAAAGAACAGAGAAGAAUCCAUAUUGAAGGCAUUUAAAAGUAUCCCCGAACAGCUGAUGGAAAAAACUGAAGGAAUCCUUGACAAUAGACUUUGAAAUGUUUGACUACAAUCACUCUCCAGAAUAUUUAGAAGGGGAGGUAACAAGUUUUGAUUAUUUCGAAGAUUGUAUUGAGGGAUGACGGACUGUGGCCAAUACAUUGGGCAGAUUCGUGUUUCAAGUGGUCUGUGUAAGAUUCAGGUGAAUUACUUGUUUGUUUUCAAAUUAAUCAUCAAUAAUAUGUAUUUUUUUCAAUUGUUUUUAUUGUAUGUACUGUUCGUAUUGAUUGCUGUUGUUAGUUAGGCUUUCAAAAAAUCGAAAAGUGAUGUGGAAGGAAACUGAUUAAACAG